AUUUCUUUUCCCAAAAAUAACAUGAGUGAGGAACACGAAAAAAGCACAGUCUUGAUCAGAAAGCACAACCGUGGUGAUCACUCUAGCCAACAUUAUGAGAUAUGCCCUAUUUGCUAUACUCGGCCAGGUAUGCCACUUGUGCCUCCUCUCAACUUUGCUAUGAUUGCAUCUGGUGUUUAUAGAUCAGGUCAUCCCAACAAGCAGAACUUUGCAUUCCUUAGAAAACUAGGACUUAAGACUAUACUAUAUUUUGCCAUGGAAGAAUAUCCUUCAGAAAUGCAACACUUUGUUGAACAAGAAGGAAUUGAAGUAUUGCAUUAUCGUACAGAAGGCAACAAAGAACCCUUUGUGGAAGUGAAUCCAGAAGACAUUUCACAUGCAUUAGUCAAACUAUUAGACAAAAGAAGUCAUCCAGUGCUUAUUCAUUGCUUAAAGGGAAAACAUCGUAUAGGGUGUUUAGUAGGUUGUCUAAGGAAGAUACAGAAUUGGUCAAUGACUUCAAUAUUCGACGAAUACAGAAAAUUUGCAGAUACAAAAGUAUUAGCUGAUCAAGAAUUUAUAGAGACAUUUGAUCAUGAAUUAGUGCCGUAUGAUCAGAGAUAUCGACCAAAAUGGCUGUAGUUAAUUUCUCAUUUAUCAAUGACUGAUAAUUUGCUAUAAAGUACUCUGAUUCUUUUGAAAAGUAAAAUCAAAAGACAAAGACCAAUUUUCUGUCUAAUAUGGAUUCACCACUGUUUGCAGACAAAUUCUUAUUCGUCUAAACAAAGUCCCGAUUGUCCUAUUUCCAGUUAAGAGUCUUUCAGUGC